CAUCAACAAUCGAGCUGUGUCCCGCAUCGGUCCAGUACUGAUGGCAACAGCAAACAUCAUGAGCAGAAAGUUUCAGGCAUGUUAUCUCUUUCUGCUGAUGCUGCUGCUCAGUCAGAUUUCUCAUUUUGUUCGACGCUCAGAUCGGUAAACAUAUAUGUUUUUAGUGUUUUAAGUGUGGUCACAUCAGAUCAACAUCAACCAACAUGACUUCAUGCGGCAAGGAAGGCAAAGGAGGAUCGAAGCGUAUCGCAAGGUUCUACAUGACAAUAUCCAGUGUAUCAAAUUUCCUAUUCGCUGUUUAGCUCGACGUGAUGGUGUCAACGAAAACCACCAAAAUAAAAACAGAAAUAAGCAGCAGCGGCUCCGAAAAAGCUACCGCUGCCAAAAAAACAACAGAAGUGAAUUGUUGUUUUUGUUGCUCCAUAAAGUUUUACGCGAGUGAAUAUGUCGGAAUAUACGCAAUAUGAGCGCCAAUCUCGUAAACGUGCAUCGGAGCUGAAACAACUUUCUAUCACUGAUAGCGAAAGCUCGAUUGUAACACUGGUGAAAUGAACAAAAAAUACCCAACAACCAAAUCAAACGGCCCUUUUCAGGGCCAUCAGAUCAUUAUCAAAGAGUUUAACAAUAUAUUUUUUCAAACAUCAAAAAUCAGCAUGCGACAGAUAGCCUAACGUAAUCCUACGUCAACUAUGCGGUCGUGUCUCGGACACAACCUUCUGUGACUUUUUUUUUUAUUUUUAUUUUUUUUAAUUCUUUAUUUUUGAGACUUUCAACUUCCUGGGCUGGUUGGUCUCAGCCAAUGUGUGACAUCAGCAUUGAGUAAGGUUGUAGUCUGCUAGCUUGAGCGAGAUCGUUACUUAAAAGAUGAUAAUUUUUUGUAGAGGUUCCAAAUUUUCCCAGUGCAAUCGCAUCUAGUUAAGGCCAAUCGAAAAAAUGAAACUAAACUCCCGGCCGCCAGAAUGGCCAUUUGGAAAGCUUUGCUGCCGUCCGAUCGCUAGCUGAUUGACUGAUGGAUCGUAAAUGCUGUGAUCUGAAAUCGCGUAUCGAUUGUUUAGGCUCAAUAAAUUGAAAACGGUCGGAGCUUAAAUUGCAAUAUUUUCUCUAUUCACAUCGUCCGUAGAACGAAUGCUGCAUUUUCAUUUCGAUUAAGUGCUCCACGGGCGCCGAAUUCGCAGUGGUUUAUGAAUAAUGUGCUUUGCUGAUAGAUUUGUUGUUCGUUAUGGACAGCAUGGAUAGGUAGGCACACAAAUGGGCCGAACAAAUGUAUAGGAAAAUAGGAAUGCUUCAUUUGUUGUCAUUUAAAACUUUUAUAAAAUAGGAAAUCGUAUUGUAGAGCAUAUCAAAAAUCUUAGAGAAUUUCCAAUUCGAUUGGUAUGCAGAUCAUCUAAAUACAGUCCCAGAAAAAAUAGUUAUUAACGUUAAAACUAUUUCAUAAAAACGUGCUCUGAUUUCUGAUUUGACACCAUUACUGAAAGACGUAACCCUACGUCAAAAGUAAGGUUAUGAUUUCUUAGGUUUUCGCAAUUAUUACACACACGAAAUGGAUCGACCCGCGGGCCGCAGGUUGAGUAUAGCUAGUCUAGGUGCAACACCAAAAAUAUGCAUGCCCACAUUCUCACCUGCGGCGCCGUGUCCCAAAAGUGCCCCAACUCUUGCGGAGCGCACAUCGUUCGGAAGGAAAUGGACCGUCACUUGAAUCGCUGCCCGGCGGGUUUCGGUGAGUGGCCCUCACCCUCCUCACAGUCACCCGCUUCCUCAUCUCCUCCACCACCGCUGCCGACGGCACCGAUUCCCAACGGAGUGUAUCUCUCCCUGGUGGAGCAGCAGAAGCUGCGCAGUUUGGAACAGGAGCUGGUGGCGCUGCGGGGUUCGCUGAACGAGGAAAUCCGUCAGCGGCUGGAACUUAUUACCGAUUUGGGGCAGCUGAAGAAGAGAGCGCAGCUAGCGGACGAGUGGACCGGUAAGGUGGGCGAGGUUCUAAAUGGACUCAAGAAGUGCAUCAAUGAGGAGUCGGAGGGUCGCCGACUGGAUAUGGAACGGUGCAAAAUCGAUGUUAAUACGAUGGCGAAGCAGACUCAGCAAAUUGAGUCAUGGCGUUCGGAGCUUAUCGCACGACUCGACCAACUGAAGGAGGAAAUCGAUAGGGUGUUAUCAAUGCACGAGAAAUACCAACAAACGGCCAGGGUUGGUGAAAAAACGAAAGAAGCCAAAUUUACUAGAAUGGAGCUCCGCCUAAAUCAAUUGCAAUCGGAGCUGGAAGAUCUUCAAACGAAACACGAUGAAGGCAUGAAGCAAUUGCAGAAUGGAGAAAGAGGAUCGCCUUUCAACCGGUUCCAGGCGGAUCUCGAUGAAAUUGAGCAUAAAUUGGAGCUGAUAGAUAUAUGUCUGGAGGAUCACCAUAACCGCAUCCGUUCCCUUCAGAAGGAACCCAGACACGAGUCGCCAUUGGAUCUGAGCGACGAAAUUGGCUCGAUGCGGUUGGUCGUCCAGGAACUGCUCGACAAGCAAGCCAAGCUGGAUUGCGAACUGAAGGGUGUCCGCAACACCGUCGACGAAACCGAGGACACGAGCGAGAAGAUUUACAAAACGCUGGAGAAGUAUCGCCGCGAGACUUACUACACCAAGCAGUGCCUGGACGAUCUGCAGGUUCACCUACAACACCAGGAGAAGCUCGCGGUCAUACAGAACACUGCGGGUCAUCUCAUUUGGCGAAUCGAUCAGUUCGACAAGCGCUUCAAGGAGUCCCAGGAGAACGACGUGAUGAUGAAGAGUCCCCCAUUUUGCAACAAACCGUUCGGAUACACGCUCCAGCUGCAGGCAAGUCUCAACGGCAUUGGUACCUGGCGGGGCCGAAACCUCAUCGUCGGGCUCAUUGUAAUCAACGGGUACUACGACAAUUUGCUCGAGUGGCCCUGCGCGCUCGUGGGGACCGUCACCCUCCGGGACCAACCGGAGGACCGCACGACGAAAGUGGUGGACCACAGUAGACCCAUCCAGGCUCGGCGCAAACAGCAGCACUACGAGAAGAGUCAAUACAUUCACAUCCCCCAUCAGGUGCUCCGGUCGGAGCGUUACAUUCGGGACGAUUGCAUUUUUCUGGAAGUUCGAAUCGAUCAAGCACAGUGGUAGCAGGCGUUGGGUUAUUUUUUUCUCUCACUUGAGUUUUUAUUUUUAGUUAUGCUCAUAAGGUUUGAAGUGUGUAUGGGUGUUUUCAUGUGAUUUGGUUGUUAGAAUUUGAAUACGCUGAGUGUGUGUAUAUAACAAAGAGUUAUCCUAAUAUGGUUGUUUCCCAAAACGGUCGGAGCAAGGUAUAAUCGUAGUAGAUUGAUUAGUCACACUUGGAGUGGAUUAUAUUUGGUGUUUACAUUAAUAUUUUGAUUGAUGUAGAAAGGAAACGUUCGACGUUUGUUUUCCGGCUCAGUGUAUUUUUGGUAGAUUUUUGAUUGUUUAAUUAAUACAGAUUAGAUGGGGAAACUAAUGCGCAAUUUGAUUACUGCGAAGCAGGAAAAAUAUCUCCUUCAAUUUGGUGGGAAAAUGGCGACCGGAGUGUGCCAUGAGUUGCUCUGUCAUAAUAAAAUAUCUCAUAUCUCGCAUCAUCUAAAAAUUUUAAUGUGAAGUAAAAUACCAUCUCAUUGCAAUAACAGUGAAAACAUUCGAUAUAUUCUGUGUGUGAGUCGGUUUGUUGUGGGUUGUUUCCUUUGUUUUUCUCCUCAGAUUGUGUGCACACUCUUACAAUAGUUUUGUGUGCUUAUCGUAUCGUUUUGUUCAAUAAAAUCUUAUAAAUAUAUUUCAUUUGAUUGGUCUGAAUCGAAGCUCUCGGAUUUGAGCAAUAGAAAGAAAGAGAAAAAGAUAUGGCUUCUGUUGUUGUUUUUUUUUUUUUUGUUACUUUGUGUGUGUCGUAUUCUGAUAAAAUUUCAAAUCUCUACCAACGCGUGCCCUAAUACUUUGUGCAAUGUUUGGUUUUGUGGUUUUAUGUAUAUAUUCAACUAACUACGAUCUCUGACAAGCCCAAUUUGCAGAUAAGAUUAACAAUUCGUCAUUUGAUAGUUAAACUACUAGUUUUGACGCGUUUGAUUUUCAAAGGUAAAUAGAGUGGAAGCAAAUUUCAUAAAGAUAGGUAAGACAGUCGUUUAGUAUUUACAAAGUGGCUGGUUGCAGUAUUUGUACACCUUUUGUUAUUAGUACAGAGAUUGGCAAAAUAAAGUGCCCAAUUGAUCUUUUUUGGUUAAAAUAAAAGGUAAACACAUCUUGAUCAUUUCUAAAAUCUUAUUUUUUUUAAAGUUUCAUUCAUGUUGUGCUGAGAAAAAUAAAAGUGUUUCUUAUAGACUAAAAAUGGUGGGUUAUAUGUAUGAUAUAACCGCAAGGUUGACGUAGCACGACCGUUGACUGAGUGAUUAUUUGAUUGUAUUGAUUAAUUUAUUGAUUGAAUGAGUGUUGUGUUCGUACCUGCUUUUGUAGUUAGGAAAAACACAGUUUGGAAUACAAAAUUGCAUGCCCAUACAAAAGUACCCCCGGAUUGAAUGAAUCAAUAACUUCAGCAAUCGGUCGAUUGGUUCGUGAGUUACAGCAUUGAGAGUGAAGCAACUUUUGUUAUUGUGUGAAAAAAUGGAAAAAUCCGAAUUUCGUGUAUUGAUAAAGCAUUGCUUUUUGAUGGAAAAAAUACAGUGCAAACCAAAGCAUGGCUUGACAAACGUUAUCCUUACUCUGCUCCAGCUAUUGCAACUGUGGAAUAUUACCGAAAUUACCGAAGUUAGCGAAACUGAGGCCUUUUUUGAGGAAAAACCGAAAGAGUACUAUAACAAUGGUAUCGAAAAGUUGCAAGAUCGCUGCUCGAAGGCAAUUAUGUUGAAUAAUACAAUCGAAUUUUACAAAAAAAAUAGUUUUACUGUGUUACCUUAUAAACAUUUCAGCCGAACUGUUAAUUUGUACAAAACCAACAAAUUAUCAAUAAGACUGUUCAAAAAUGUUUUCUUCAUGAUAUGCCAUUAUAUCUAAAAUGACAAAUUCGGAAUACUGAAAACAAUUAGUCAUCCAACGUAAGUUUUGAAAAGCAACAAUAAAUAAAUGUUUGGAGAAAACAUUUAGAAUUAAUGAAUUAAUGAAGCUUUCUUAUUUUUAUUCAGAAAAUUGAUCAAAUGUCAAAUAAUUGUGUAAAGUAUUACUAUCAUGAAAUAUAGUCUUGCAUGUAACAGCGGUGAUGAAUGAGAAUAUAAAAGUUUCUUAAAUUUAGUAUUAAUAGCGAGCUUCUUCACAAUUCAACACUUUCGGACGUAUAUUAGUGAUAGCGCACACUUAUUUGAAUUUAUUUUCAAAAUAGGUCCUAGAGACGAUUUAUUGAAAAUUUUACCCAUGACGUAAAUCCGAAAUAUACCCAACUAACAAGUGUGACGUUCUCCUGAUAGUUUCAUGAUACCUAAACUAUUUGUCAUCAAAACCUCUAUUCAGCCCUUGUUCACACAAAUUAGAAGAAAUUAUUAAGCUAUUGAAAAUAUUGUUCGUUAAAUGUAGUUUAAAGUCAAUUAAAAACGUUUAUCCAACUCCAAGGUGUGGCAAAAACGUUUAUUCGACCAUAUUUUGAUUUGUCCAUUUCUACUUAGACUGCCCUACCAAAGAAGGUGGUUUUCGUCUGACUGCAUUAUUUUAUUUUGCCAAAUUUCUACAAAUACGAGGGUAGGCUGAUGAAUACAAGCACAUGUGCACUGCUUGUAGAAGACGAACUACAAGUACUGUUUUGAAGGCAUUGUUUCCAUUCAGUUUGUUUGGAGUAGUGGAGGUAUGGCGUCGUUUUCUAGUGAUAUGUCAGCACGAAUUAAACAAUUGAAUUUUCAACUGCCGAGAAAGUGAAUUUUAGUGCGAUUUAUCGUCGUUUACAGGCUGUUUAUUGUGACGAUACUUUUGAUAGGUCUACUGUAAUACAAUUACGUGACUGUCAAUCUGAAAAAGCUAGUUGUUGACAAAACACGCAAAUGCCUCAGUUUUUAACCCUUUGUAAAUGUUUUUUUCUAUCGCACGAGCAAUUUGCUCCCUUAGACCAAUAAAAAAAUGUAAUGAGAAGCAGUCAAACGUGAGCUUGAAAAUGCUUACAGCGAUUCAGUAGACCAAUCUCAAUAGACUGUCAUGUGUUGUACAAAAGCUUCUUUGCAGUUGAAGAAACGUUUUAAAAUGUUUCUCUGGCAUACUAUCCAAGUGAAUAUCAACGGUUGAACAAAAGCUUCAAUGUGGUCGAAAUAAUCUCUUAUACAUCGUAUAGCUCAGCAUAUAGUCUUAUUAAGCACUCAUUGCUAUUGUUCGAUCAUUAUUCAACUGUCUAGUUUAAUAACAGCUAAUGAUUGUUUGUUGGAUAACUUAACAAUUCCAUAGGAUGGUUAAUGAAACAAACCUAGAGUAACAAUCGAAUUUAUGCAUCAUAUAUGCUUCAACCUGACAUGUUUAUGUCUUACCAUUGGGUAAAAAUCAACCAAAUUUUGCACACUUUCUCAUUGAUGUGUAUUGUCUACAUGCUGUCAAACUCGAAGUCGUGUUCUUCGAUUCAACGAAAAUGGAGGUGAACCAACGCGAGUCGAGAGAACAAAUUCUUUCCAAACUCCUGGAAUUUCCAAACUGUCCGGAGCUGCGCCCUGUGGAGCAGUACUGGGCAAUAAUGAAGCGGAAACUUUGGAAGAGCAAGAAGACUGUCAAAGACGAGAAGGACAUGCUAAGAAAAUGGAAAAAAAACUGAGAAACUGGUACCGGAUGACACUGUAAAGACUUUGAUGGAGGGCAUCAAGCGAAAAUGCGUUCAAUUUUACACUCAAGGUUCCAUCGAUUAACUUUUCUUUUGAUUUUUUAAGUAAAUAUAUGUAUAAAACUACCCUAAAAUUUUGGUUUGAUUCUAAACAUUAUAAGAAAAUUGGCAUUACAUUUUCGGUGUCGCAAUAAUUUCGUGUUCGCCCCUUAUAUCUCAGUAUCUUUACUGGAAUAAGUCAAGUUGCAUUUUUAAUUGUGCAUUAAUGUCUGUUUUUUAAGC